GUCUAACAUCUGAGCUGUAGCACGCUCAUAAUACAGUCUAGUGUCCUGUCUGUAAGCAACUGCAUCGCGCUGAAGGCUGCAAAAACUUUUGGGUAUCUCUACUUUCCAUCGUCAUUGGCCUUUGUGGGAACUGAAGUCGAGGUGGAUGCAACUUAAACACGAACAUUAUAAAAAUAAGUUUGGCUGCUUAUUUAGAAAAGUUUGAAACCAAUGUUUUGUUGCCUGCUUUGAGUUUCUAUCGGAGAGUCUGGAACUCGAAAUACAUGCUGAAGACAAACUCAUACUCUUUCGCUUUAAAAAACAACUUUCCCUUAAUUAUUUAUUUAGUCUUAAUUGUUUAAGGUGGCCCAAUCACGGCUGUGAAUGAAGAAUCCAGUUAGUCAACCAACUUGCUAACUUUUAGAACUUUCGUUGCCAGCGAAGUUGAAAGAAAUCAGGGUCUUCAUGAGGAAAUUCAACGUGCUAGUUGAAACUCUGUCCUAGUAAUAGCCUACAGCUGAGCGCCUUUCCCGUGUUUUUGCGUUGCGGUUAUAUUUUAAACUUUUAUUUAACCGACUCAAUGAAGACGAUGUUAGUGUUCUCUACGGUUUACACAUUUGCCGUGCUGUUUGUUUCGACGAAGGCUGAGCCCAAGUCGACAAGCUGCAAUGAAGUUAGGGCUGCGUACCGUUCCAAAGGCUUCAACUCCAAUGAUGUUCCCAACAAAGGAAUACACGGAACCCAUCUGAAGGUGUGUCCCCAGGAAUACUCAUGCUGUACGCUGGAGAUGGAGGAGAAGCUGAGUCAGCAGAGCCACUCGGACCUGAAGGCCCCCGUCUCCCAGCUCAGCACCAACCUACAGAGCACCUUCAAACAGAGGCACAGCCACUUUGACCAGUUCUUCCGCGAGUUACUGGACAACGCGGAGCGCUCGCUCAACGACAUGUUCGUGCGCACAUACGGCAAGAUGUAUGUGCAGAACGCCGAGCUCUUCAAGCACUUCUUCCAGGAGCUGAAGCGCUACUACGUGUCAGGCAGCGGCAUGGUCAACCUGGACUCCAUGCUGUCUGACUUCUGGGAAGACCUCCUGGAGAGGAUGUUCCGAUUGGUCAACGUCCAGUACGAGUUCAGCGACGCCUACAUGGAGUGCGUCAGCCGCCACACCGAGCAGCUAAAACCGUUUGGCGACGUGCCGCGCAAGCUCCGCCUCCAGCUGACACGGGCCUUCGUGGCGGCGCGCACCUUUACCCGCGGCCUGGCGCUCAUGCCCGAGGUGGUCAACAAGGUUUCCAUGGUCAAUGCGUCCCCUAGCUGUGUGCGGGCAGCCAUGAAGAUGAUGUACUGUCCCUACUGUUCUGGCCAGAUUGCCCUCAAGCCUUGUCAGAACUUCUGUCUCAAUGUGAUGCGUGGCUGUCUGGCCAACCAGGCUGAUCUCGACACAGAGUGGAACAACUUCCUGGAUGCCAUGUUGAGUCUGGCUGAGAGGUUGGAGGGGCCCUUCAACUUCGAGUCUGUCAUGGAUCCCAUUGACGUCAAGAUCUCUGAGGCCAUCAUGAACAUGCAAGAAAACAGCAUGCAGGUGUCACAGAAGGUGUUUCAGGGGUGUGGUCAGCCUCAGCCAGGUAAAGGCUUCCGGUCCCGUCGCUCAGUCAAGGAGACAGGAUUCACCGGUCGCUUCCGUCCCUACAGCCCCGAUGCACGGCCCACCACAGCUGCUGGCACCAGCCUGGACAGACUGACGACGGAUGUGAAGAAGAAGCUGAAGCAUGCUAAGAAGUUCUGGUCCACGCUGCCAGAGACCGUGUGUGUUGGGGAGAGAAUCACGUCUGGGGAUGACUGUUGGAAUGGAACAGCAAAGAGCAGGUACGAGUCUGUUGUUAUGGGCAACGGAUUGGCCAAUCAGGUGUCCAACCCAGAUGUGGAAGUGGACAUCACAAAGCCAGACCUGGUGAUUCGCAGUCAGAUCGCAGUGUUAAAGGAAAUGACUAGCUGGCUGAAGGCCGCCCACAGCGGCAACGACAUCUCCAGCGACCAAGAUGAGGACGGUAGCGGAGGAGAGGAGAGUGGCAGCGGCUGUGACUCUCCGUCCUGUGAGGUGGACCGGGACAUCUACUUCUCCACCACGGCCACCCCCAUCAACCCCCGCGUAGUCAAGGUGGUGCACCAGGACACGAGUGGCGGAGUCUGUGUGGCACACGGGAGCAUGGCACUGGCACUCAGUGCGCUUGUCCUGGCCCUGCUCGCCCCCCACUGGAGAUAAAACUGCCGAGGGAAGGAAAGGGAGAGAGCGCCAGAGAGAAGGGGGGGAAAAACUGUCAGAUACUUUAAAAAAGACUGCCUUCAGGACCUUUGUCUGCCUGCCAUCUUUUGGGGAGGGGGGCUCUGGAGUUAUUAAUAUUAUAAUAACUUCACUUUGAAUUUUGUUUUUAUAAAAAUGGACAUCAAGUGUACAGCGAUAUGAUUUUCUUCCAAAAUGUUCACUUUUUAUUAGCAUUUUGUCCUGAUUAAUUGAUUAGCCCCUUGAAGCUAGGAUCUCCACCGCCACAUCACCGACAGUGUUUUCAGUUCUACCAUUUUAGCCUAUUCACAUUUUAGUUGUUCAAGUGAGUGUUCGUGUCUUAAGGAUAUCGCAAUUGGAACCCGGGAUUGUGUGUGUGUGCGUGCGUUUUGUAGUGUGUCUGAGUGCUUUUAAUUUUAACAAUAUGCUCUCUAUUCACAAAUACAUUUCCCUUAUCAAGAGCGCAACUAAGGAACAAUGUUUCUGGUUUGUAUGAGUGUGCUUCCUUUUCUUUUUAAAGAUAUAGUGGCCGUAUCGUCAGGCUAGCCAGGGAUGAAUGUGUACGAAAACAUUGAAAUGGAAAUCUUGGUCACAUGUUGAAGCUUCAGACUGGCUCACACAGCUGAAAGUACAAGAGACUGGUAGCUCUGUGGGAAAACAUGGAGUUACAGGGCUUAUUGUUGGGUAGGAGAUGGAACUAGCUGGUGAGGGGUUCUCUGGGUUUCUGUGUACCCAGGAGUGUAUCCAUCACAUCCUAAACUACACUCUAAACCAGUCCACUGAUGAGAUCAUACCGCAUGUGUUCUCUGAAACAUCAUAAACUAGCUGUUGGAUGUAUGGGGGUAGUCUUGAUAUAGGUUACAAGGGAAUGCUGGAGAGUUGACAGGAGGGGCUCCCUUUCCCUGGCAUUCACCCUAUAGAAGGCAGAGCUGACGGGUGUCCUGGGGCAGUGACUCUGCACAGUCAAUCUGACAUGGAAAAAUGAGGUCUUGGCAGGGAGUGGCUUGUAUGUUCAACAUCUUUUAGAUAUAUCAGAAAA